UUGUUCCACUGCCAAAAAUGCCUUACUGUUAGGAGGCACAAACUUGAAAACUGAGAAAGAAAGAAAAUGAAACCCCUCUUACUUUUCUUCUACUGUUGCAUUGGUUUCUCUCUAGUUAUUGCUGAGGGAGCUGUAACAGCCUCAAUGCAAAAUGAGGAAGCAGAAGCAUCAACUCUUCUAUCCAUAAAAGCUAGUCUUGUAGAUCCUAUGAAUAUGCUGAAAGAUUGGGCAAAACCAAGCAGAAUUUCCCACUGUAACUGGACUGGAGUCUGGUGCAACUCAUGGGGAUACGUAGAGAGGCUUGAUCUGUCCAACAUGAAUCUCAGCGGCAUUGUAUCGAACAAGAUUCAAACUCUGAGCAGCCUCUCUGUCUUCAACAUUUGCUGCAACGGGUUUGACACGUCAUUGCCGAAAUAUCUCUCCAAUCUCACUUCCCUCAAGAGCAUAGAUGUCAGUCAAAAUAAUUUCAUUGGAAGCUUUCCAACAGGCCUGGGAAUGGCCUCAGGAUUGACUUAUCUCAAUGCGUCAAGCAACAAUUUUUCUGGCUUUCUUCCGGAGGAUCUUGGCAAUGCAACAGCACUGGAAAUCCUUGAUUUUAGAGGAAGUUUCUUUGAAGGGUCAGUUCCUGUCUCUUUCAGGAAUUUGAAGAAGCUGAAGUAUCUUGGACUUUCAGGUAAUAAUCUGACCGGAAAGAUCCCUAUGGAGCUUGGGGAACUUUCUUCUCUACAGACUAUCAUUCUUGGAUACAAUGAAUUUGAGGGCGAAAUCCCAGAAGAAUUUGAGAAUCUCACCAAUCUUCAGUACCUUGAUUUAGCAGUUGGAAGUCUCACUGGUCAGGUCCCACCUGCAUUAGGGAAGUUAGAAAAACUUACUACCGUUUAUCUGUACAAGAACAAUUUCACAGGGAAAAUCCCACCAGAACUUGGGAGGAUUACUUCCCUGGUGAAAUUGGAUCUCUCUGACAAUCAAAUCUCCGGGGAGAUUCCAGCAGAGCUAGCAGAAUUGAAGAACUUGCAGCUUCUGAAUCUGAUGCGCAAUCAGCUAACCGGUUCAAUUCCACACAAGAUUGGAGAGCUGCCCAAAUUAGAGGUACUUGAGCUAUGGCAAAAUUCUCUAACAGGUUCUUUACCUACAAACCUUGGACAGAAUUCACCAUUGCAGUGGUUAGAUGUCUCAACAAAUGCAUUAUCCGGUGAGAUUCCACCGGGUUUAUGUAAUUCCGGGAACUUGACAAAACUCAUCCUCUUCAACAAUUCAUUUUCUGGUGCAAUCUCAGAAGACAUUUCAACCUGUAGGUCACUUGUCCGUGUUCGGUUGCAAAAUAAUCUGAUUUCCGGAGCAAUUCCUGUUGGUUUUGGAAGUCUUCCUUCUCUUCAACGUCUAGAAUUGGCCAGAAACAAUCUCAGUGGCCGAAUUCCAGAUGAUAUAGUUCUGUCCACAUCCCUUUCUUUCAUAGAUUUUUCUGGAAACCACCUUAUUUCUACUCUGCCUUCGGGUAUUUUCUCCAUUUCCAAUCUUCAAACCCUUGUGGUCUCACACAAUAACUUGGUAGGGAAAAUUCCUAACCAAUUUCAGGACUGUCUAUCACUUUCUGUCAUUGAUCUUUCGAGCAACCAUUUCUCUGGAGAAAUUCCAGAGACCAUUGCUUCAUGUGGAAAGUUGGUGAAUCUGAACGUUAGAAACAACCACCUCACCGGAGAAAUCCCGAGAUCUAUAGCAACAAUGCCCACCUUAGCCAUUCUUGACCUGUCCAACAAUUCUAUGGUGGGUCAGAUACCUGAAAAUUUUGGAAGUUCACCUGCACUGGAAAUGCUAAACUUGUCAUACAAUCAUCUUUCAGGUCCAGUUCCCUCAAAUGGUCUGUUGACAACCAUAAAUCCUGAAGUUCUCAAUGGAAAUGCUGGUCUUUGCGGUGGCAUUCUUCCUCCCUGUUUGCAGAAUCCCACAAAAACAGCAGGGGGUGCAAGGAACCUUCACAUCAAACGUUUCCUCGUUGGAUUUAUUAUCGGGUCUUUGAUCAUAAUAUCUCUUGGCAUGGCAUUUUUAACCGGACGGUGGCUGCAUCAGAAAUGGUACUUGUAUAAUAGUCUUUUUAGUGACUUGUUUAAAAAGGGCAACCAGGAAUGGCCCUGGAGACUUGUGGCAUUCCAGAGGGUCGGUUUCACAAGCAGUGACAUUCUAGCUUGCAUAAAGGAAUCAAAUAUCAUCGGGAUGGGUGGAACGGGGAUUGUCUACAAAGCUGAAGUCCAUCGCCCCCAUGGGCUGGUGGCAGUGAAGAAGCUCUGGAGAUCAGAAACUGAUUCUGAAAACGGGGAUGAUCUGUUCGGAGAGGUAAGUCUCCUGGGAAGGCUCCGGCACAGGAACAUCGUCAGGCUUCUUGGCUACAUUCACAAUGAAACUGAUGUCCUGAUGAUCUACGAAUAUAUGCCCAAUGGGAACCUUGGCGCUGCCUUGCAUGGCAAGCAAACCGGAAAGCUGCUGGUUGACUGGGUUUCCCGGCACAAUAUAGCUGUUGGUGUUGCUCAGGGGCUGCAUUACCUCCACCACGACUGCCAUCCACCGGUCAUCCACCGAGACAUCAAGUCGAACAACAUUUUGCUCAAUGCAAAUCUCGAGGCAAGGAUUGCAGAUUUUGGGUUAGCAAGGAUGAUGACACAUAAGAAUGAGACAGUUUCAAUGGUCGUGGGAUCUUAUGGAUACAUCGCACCAGAAUAUGGAUACACGCUGAAGGUUGAUGAGAAAACUGACAUAUAUAGCUUCGGUGUAGUGCUUCUAGAGCUUCUAACCGGGAAAAUGCCAUUAGAUCCUUCCUUUGGAGAAUCAACUGACAUUGUUGAAUGGGUUCGGACAAAAAUGAAGAACAACAAAGCCAUGGAGGAAGCACUGGACCCAAGCCUAGCUAGCCAGUGCAAGCAUGUACAAGAAGAGAUGCUUCUUGUUCUAAGGAUUGCACUUCUUUGCACAGCAAAACUCCCCAAGGACAGACCAUCCAUGAGGGACGUCAUUGCAAUGCUCCAAGAGGCAAAGCCGAGAAGGAAAAGUGUCUGCCACAACGGAGGACACAGUUCCAGCAAAGAGAAGCCAAUUUUCACGGCCUCACCUACAAUAGGACUUCUGUAGGGGCAGAUUACGUUUGCGCUACCGUAUUCUACAAUUCUCUCUCUUCAUUUAUGUAAAUCUUUUCAAUUGCUGCCAUGUAUUCAAGAGGAUAAAUGUACACAUAAAAUUAACUCAUCUUAAUGAAUAAAGCAUUCUGUUCUAC